AUGGCCAGUGAGGCGAGAAUAAAGAAGGUUCGUUCACUUCGUAGAGGAAACAGAGCGGCUGUUACUAGGAACUCACACAAGGCUAGUUGCAAGCGAAUGUUAGAAGAAAAGUUAGCUGCCCUAGGACCCCUUGAUGCUAAAAUAUUAGAAGCUAUAGAAGACCUGGAGGCCAGUGGUUCAACACAUGGUGGUGCUUCCAGAAAUGUAUGUGGGACUGGGUGUAGGACGCCUUCAUCGUCACCACCACCUCCCCCUAAAUUGUCCCGUCCAGCAACACACUCUCGUUUGUCCCCGACUGCUGGCGGUGGAUGUAGUCCAAAGAUCAAAUUACCAGAGCUCUCAAUGAAGAGAUUUGAUGGUGACAUGUCACAAUGGAUGAGCUUUUGGGACUCCUUCAGUUCAAGCGUACAUGAGAAUAGCACACUCUCUGAUGUUGAGAAGCUCAACUACUUGUCGUCGAUGCUAAGCGGUACUGCUGCUGAAGCCAUAGCAGGUCUCUCGAUCACAUCAUCUAAUUAUGGAAAGGCAGUCGCCAUUCUGAAUAAGAGGUUUGGUAAUUGA